CCCCCUCCGGGGGGCGCGCGCUCCGGGGCUCGCGCCGAGGGCUCGCGCCCCUGCCUCGUGCCUGCGCCGCUCGUAUGUAAAUGAGGGCGCGUGACGCGGGACGCAGAUGGACAAGGGAAGAGAGAGAAUGGCCGCUGCCGCCGCCGCUGCUGCCGCCGCCGCCUCCGCGCAGUGCCGGAGCCCUCGGUGCGCGGCGGAGAGGAGAGGAUUCCGGCGGGAACUCGACUCCUGGCGCCACCGCCUCAUGCACUGUGUAGGUUUUGAGAGUAUUUUAGAAGGGCUUUAUGGACCACGGCUACGAAGAGACCUCAGUUUAUUUGAAGACUGUGAACCAGAAGAGCUGACUGACUGGUCUAUGGAUGAAAAAUGUUCAUUUUGUAACCUACAGAGAGAAGCAGUCAGUGAUUGUAUACCAUCUCUUGAUUCUUCACAGUCAACACCAACGGAGAAACUAUCAUCUCAGGGCCAGUCCAACACUGAUAAGAUUGAAUGCCAAGCAGAAAAUUACCUAAAUGCACUCUUUCGAAAGAAAGAUCUUCCUCAGAACUGUGAUCCUAACAUUCCCCUAGUUGCUCAGGAAUUAAUGAAAAAGAUGAUACGUCAGUUUGCAAUUGAGUACAUUUCAAAAAGUGGUAAAAUUCAAGAGAACAGAAAUGGUUCGAUUGGACCAAGUCUAAUAUGUAAAAGUAUCCAAAUGACUCAAGCAGACAGCUCCCUUCCGGACGAGCAGGAUGGCCCCUUAGACCUCACUGUGAAUCGCAUGCAGGAACAGGAUGCUCAACAAGGGGAUGGAGUGUUAGAUCUCUCUACAAAGAAAACCAGCAUAAAAUCUGAAGACUCGUCCAUAUGUGAUCCUCCUUCUGAAAAUUCAGUGGCUGGGAGACUGCACAGAAACAGAGAGGACUAUGUGGAAAGAAGUGCUGAGUUUGCAGAUGGUUUGCUCUCAAAAGCUUUGAAAGACAUUCAGUCUGGAGCACUGGACAUAAAUAAAGCAGGCAUACUUUAUGGCAUACCUCAAAAAACUUUACUUCUCCACUUAGAAGCCUUACCAGCAGGGAAGCCUGCAGCUUUUAAAAACAAAACUCGAGAUCUCACUGAUAGUUGCUCAUAUAAAGACAGCCAAGAAGCUUGUGCAGUUCUGCAGAAAGUAGCCCUGUGGGCAAGGGCGCAAGCCGAGCGCACAGAAAACAGUAAACUCAACCUACUUGAAACCUCAGAAUUAAAAUUCCCGACAGCUUCCAGUUACCUCCAUCAGCUCACCCUACAGAAAAUGGUCACUCAGUUUAAAGACAAGAGCGACAGCCAACCCCACGAAACCGCAAAUCCCGCCGUACAGUUAAAAAUUCCUCAGCUGCGCGUGAGUUCGGUUGCAACCAAGCCACAGCCUGAUGGGUCUGGUCUGCUGGAUGUCAUGUAUCAGGUUUCCAAAACCUCUCCAGUCCUGGAAGGCUCAGCUGUCCAAAAACUGAAAAACAUCCUCCCCAGGCAAAACAAAGUCGAGUGUGCUGGGCCGGUGACUCACUCCAGCGUCGACUCUUACUAUCUCCCCGGGGACCUCUCUCCUUUGUGUCUUAAUUCAAAAAACGGAACAGUGGAUGGCGCCUCCGAAAACCCAGAAGACGGAGUGGAUCGCAAAGAUAACAAGCAGCCCAGGAAAAAACGUGGCCGCUACCGGCAGUACGACCACGAAAUCAUGGAAGAGGCCAUCGCCAUGGUAAUGAGCGGAAAAAUGAGUGUUUCCAAAGCACAAGGAAUCUAUGGGGUACCUCACAGCACUUUAGAAUACAAGGUCAAAGAACGAUCGGGAACACUGAAGACUCCUCCCAAGAAGAGACUGCGAUUACCAGACACUGGGUUAUAUAACGUGACAGAUUCAGGGACUGGCAGCUGCAGGGCCGGCAGCAAGCCUGUGUAGAUUACUGGUUAGGAAAAUGUGUGUGUGUGUGAGUGUGUGUGUGUGCGCGUGUGCGUAUGUGCACAAGUGUGUAUAUUUGUGUGUCUGUAUACACACACGUGGGGGUUCAAAUGCUCACUCUGACAGGAGACAUGGAAUUUUACAGUUCAAAAACCACUUACAUGCCUUUUGAAAAAAAGUUUUAUUCAGGGUUUUCACUGUGGACAGAAUUAUAUAGUUGCUUACUUAAUUCUGAUAGUUUGUAUUUAAUCCUUGUAUAAAUAGGUGAAAAAGAUUCAGGUUUUCUUUAGUAGUCAAAAGCAUAAAGCGUGUGCGAGAACAAGUAAUUGUCAAGUGAACUUGUUUAUUGGUGAAAGACCACUCCAGCCAUUCAGGUGGCCCCUCUUGUAAUGGAAAAAUAGGAUCUUAAUAGUUUGCAAACAUUUUCACAGAACACACUCACAGCUGUCAAAGGACAUCAAGCCACCAAUCAGUUUAAAUGGACAGCUAUCUCCAUACUCAGCAAAAUUAAUACGUACAGUAUUAGUCUACUGAAAUUCAAUGAAAUACAAAAAUGCACGUCCACCAGGAAUAAAAAGGAAAACCUUAAAUGAUAUGUAUAAUGAAAUUGAAUAUUGAACCUUUAAUAGUUGCUUUAGCUGGAACCUGGGGUUUAGAAGGUAUAUACUUUAAAAGGAAAAAAAAAAAAACCAGCCUGACAUAUAGUUAACCCCAGCAGCUAUAGAAUCCUUAUUAAUAUAAGAUGGACUACUAAGAACAAAAAAUAAUUUAAAUCUAAUUAUUAUAAUAAUUUCAUUUUCUUUUUCAUUUAAAAAAAUAAGCUAAUGUGUAAGGGUAGAAAAAGAAAGUUGGAAUGCAACUUAGCGCAUGUUAAUAAUGUGCACAGAAAAAAAAGCUUGAGAAUGGUCAUUUUGGUUUCAAUGUGCCGGUUAGUUGAUGUUAUGACUACUUUAAAUUUUAAGGAUUGUGACACACUCCUGCUAUUGAAAAACCUCAGUAUAACUUUAAUAUAUUUGCUGCUGUGACAUUUCAAAACAUUUUCAGUUUAUCAAAAUGAAUUACAGAUUUCAUUUUGGUGGGCAACACAUUAUCAUUUUGCUAAUAACCAAAUUUGCAGUUUGUUCAGGGUCUUGAAUAGAUUUACGGAUAUUUAACACUGAAGCUGUUUUGAGUAAUGUAACUCUCUCAAGUAGUUAGAAGCUGGGCAGUGCAUUUGUGACUCUCACUAGCCUUGGAAGAGAGACCAGUCAUUUUUAACGGGCAGUUCUGAAGUGUGGCUCAGAGUAUCCCGGUUGGAUUUACAGGGGUGUGCCGUCUUUUUGUGGAAUUAUCCCAGUCUGUGCCUCCCCAGGAAGGGAGGGGAUUUGCUCUCGAGAUUCCAGAAUCUACGAGUGCCCCUUUUGCUGUGAAAAUUCAGGUUCUGACCGCUUUUCUAAGCCAGUUUCCCUAAAUCCAAAAAGAAUACUUUCAGCUGAAUUCUAAGAAAAAAUAAGUGCACCUUGUCAAAUGCUCGUAUUUUUACACUGGCGUUUCUGUGUAUUUAACAGUCACAUAGACUAGUGAAGAGAUUUUCAGCUACUCCCUUUAAGAACUGCUGGCAUAUCUGUAGAGGAACUGAAGAGUGAGAAGCGUCACCAGUAUUUGCUCGGUCUCUCAGAUACCUUUUGAACCCUCUUCGCUUUCACUAUUACCUGCGUACCAGGAUAUGAAUCCUCUUGCUCUUUUUUUUCUCCUCCCCCCCUUAAUAAAUAUACAUAAUAUAUUACAAAACAGCAGAUGUCAGGGUCAUCUUUCUUUUUAAAGAAUUAAGCCAUAUUUUGUGAGGGCCAGAACUUGGAUUAUUUAAUAUAUUCCCCCCCUCCCCAUUGAAAAGCGAAGUUAAAGGUAAAGUCAACAUUUCAAACCCAUUUUAUUGACCUCUUUAUACAGAAUUUUACUUCAGAAUUUUGGGGGCUUGAAUGCAUUACAUAAUAUUUAUAUUGUACUAAGCUUUUUUAUUCCUCACACUAUAUUUACAUUAAUAAAUUGAUUGAGAACUUUAUAGGAAAGGGAAACUUAACAGAACACUUUUAUAUCAUUUAAAAGAUGACCUGACCAAAAACGUUACAGGAUUCAUAAAAUCAGGGAUCAUUUUGCUAUUGACUUCACAGUGAUCAGUAGUUUUAUAGGUAAUAUUACCAUUAAUUUGCAGCAUUUUAGUACUUGUAUUAUUUAUUUUUGGUCAAAAUUAGUAAAUUAAAAUAUUUUUUGAUAGUUUAUAAAUGCUAGUCAACCCAUAACUUUUAAAAGGAACAAAAAUAUUUCUAAUUCUUGAGUUAGCUUUUUAAUUACACAGACCAGGAAAGGCAGGGAAAUUUAUGGGCUCCCCUUCCCCCAGUGACUUGACUCACUGAGAUGUCCUUUAUGUUCAACUUUAAAAGUACUUUAUAAAUUUAGUUACCAGUUACUACUUAUUGACAGUUUUCUGAAAAAUCCAGUUUCAGCAGACUUUUAAUGAAGAUGAAAGCACCCCUUCUUGUGCUUUCCACUUAUUUGAAUGUUCCUCAAGUAUUUUAUAUUUAAGAGAAAGAAAGAAAAGAAAAAAAAAACAGUGCCUCUGUUUUUAGAACUACUGCUCAGUAAAGUUGUUUAAACCAUUUCUGGUAGCUAAUGACAAUUUUAUAUUAAAUUGUAUACUAACUUUAGUGAGACUGAUUUUUAGUUGUUUACAGUACAAAUACUUGUAUUUGUUUUUUAAUUGCAGUAUUUCCAUUGUCGCAGUAAUUUAGUAACACUCUGUGGCUGCCUUGAUUUUGACAGAUUUUGUUAAUAUAAACUGAUUGUUAGGCAAUUAGUUCUAUUUAUGCAUAAAUCAAUUGCACUAUAAUUCAUGAAUUAUUUAUUACAAUAUUUUCUAAUGAAUUCAUGUAUCUGUCUUGUGUUGUAAAUGUACUGUAAUUCUGUUUCUACUUUGUGUUGUUAUAUAUCUAAAUCUGAUUGUAUGAAUUUUAAUUGUUCAGUUAAUGUGUUUCUAGGUUGUAAUUUGUAGUAAAGCACUUCAAUGCUUUUGCACAUAAAUUUACAACACUGGUGGUGUGUGAUUGAUUUACUCAUUCAGUAAAAGAAAAAAGCAAAGAAAAAACCUGA